UUCGUGGACGUUAGUAGUCGCUGUUGGUACCACGAAACCAGGAAAGAGUGAGAGCUCUGUGAAUGGACGAGAGAGUGCAGACAAGAAAAGUCACGGGGGAAAAUGUCUCCGUUUUCCAAGUCGUUGACAAUGUUAGGCAGGAGGGUAGUUGCAGGCUGUGUAAGGCACCACUCCUCUUUAACAAGUGAACUGAUUGAAAACAUGGACAAGAAAGCAACCUGGGACCGCUUCUACACCGAGAGCAGCAGCAAGACAACCACCUUCAAAAACUUUGAGUGGUUCUUCAGCUUUGAUGUGGUCCGAGACUUUAUUAUGAGCCAUUUGCAGACCAAGUCCCAACCAGACACUCUUUUGCAAGUCCUUGAUAUAGGCUGUGGCACUUCUGCUUUAGGACCCUGUAUUUACAGACACUCCACUCUCCCAGUCCGGGUCACUUGUGCGGAUAUUUCCCCGAUUGCUGUGCGAUUAAUGCAGGAACACAUCCAAGCCACAGCCAUUCAGCCUCACAGUCUUUCUUCUCGGCUUGAGUUUGUAGAACUGGACUGCACGCAGCUCCACAAGCACUAUAAUCCUAGCAGUGUAGACCUUAUAAUUGACAAGGGCACCACUGACGCCUUGUUGAGGUCUAAGGAAGGGAAACAGAAGGCAGGUCUGAUGUUGAAGCAGUGUUUGAGGGUGUUGCGGAGCUCAGGAUCUCUGCUCCAGUUCUCUGAUGAAGACCCUGAUGCCAGGCUGUUGUGGCUGGAGACUGAGGCACAGGAACAGGGAGUGAUGGCAGCCGAUGUUGGGGUGCAUGAAGUUGGGGAGCUAAGGGGAGUCUGUUACUACUGCUAUCAAGUGACUCCCCGCCCUGUUGUAGAGAAAUAACUUUCUAUCUGUGGAUGGUUAUAGUAUCAAAUCUGUAAAUUUUUGAUGAUAAUCAUA